AUGAACACCACCUGGUCACUGCCUGACAGGCCCCUGAGCAUUGAGGAGAUCACGAGUGAGGCCAACAAUUUCAAGUACAGCAACAAUGUCCCCUUCAAACAUUGGCUGCGCGCUGCAGACUCACUCCACCGCCAGGGCAAGGCAUAUGUUCGAGAUGGCAACCUGGCCCAGGCCUACCUCCUCCUCUACCGAUUCUCUACCCUCGUGAUCAAAUACAUUCCAACACACCCUGAAGCCAAAGACCCAGAGGGCAAGAAUACCUUGAAGGCCCUUAGAGCCAGAACAAAACCUGUCCUCGAGACCCUGUCUGAGCUCAACCCUCAGCUGAAAGCUGCAUACGAUGAAUGGGUUAAGAUCCAUGAGACUCAGCAGGAUGCCUCAACUCAUCUGGAUGGGGAGAAAUCCUCCUUUGCGAAGCGUGCUUCCAAGGAUCCAGCACUGUCAUGGAACCCCAGAGUCCGCGCCAAACUAUUGGAUGCAGAUGACAAUCAAGAACUUGCGGUAGACCUGGCGAACCGAGAGAUCAGACGGCGCGAUGCGGCUCGUAAGGCGACCCGCCAGGCCGGAAUCUCAGAAGAGGAGGAGCAACAGAGGCGGACCGCGGGUCUAUGGGAUAACUGGGACGCGCCUGCAACGAGGAAAAGAAGCGUCGAUGAUGGUGACAUCAGGCUCAACAUGGAUGCCGUGCGCCGCAGGCUCGACCAGGCCGACCAGGCCCGGCAGCCACCUAGCCCAGACGGUAUUCGUUCUCAAUCCAGCACCUCCAACUUCUACGAUCGAGCACCAUCUGAGCGAUACACGUUUCGGCCUGCCGCAUACCUCGAGAACGGCACCCCACUCCGGUCCAUCUUUCUCCCCACUGGUCUCCGUGAUGAGUUUCUCCGGUUGGCAGGGCCAAACACCCGGAAGGGACUGGAGAUGUGUGGCAUCUUGUGUGGUACCGCUGUCAACAAUGCCUUGUUCAUCAGCUGUUUGGUCAUCCCGCAGCAGACCUGCACCUCUGAUACGUGCGAGACGGACAAUGAGGAGGCGGUCAUGGAGUUCUGCAUGCAGGAAGACUUGAUGGUGUUCGGUUGGAUCCACACCCACCCAACGCAGUCCUGCUUCAUGAGCUCCAGAGACAUGCACACCCAGUCGGGCUACCAGGUGAUGAUGCCCGAGAGCAUUGCCAUCGUCUGCGCCCCUAGAUCUGAGCCCUCCUUCGGCAUCUUCCGUCUUACCAACCCACCUGGUCUGGACCAUAUCCUGCGCUGCACCCAGUCCGCCACAUUCCAUCCACAUAGCCUCGACAACCUGUACACGGAUGCCGUACACCCUACGGGGCAUGUCUACCACUCCAGUCAGAUGGACUUUACCGUCGAGGACUUACGGACAAAGUCGAGGAAAUAA